AUGUCCGAUGGGCACAGCUUGGUGACGCAGCUUCAUUUGGUCAGCCAGGUGCUCGCGGUGGCAGUAUCAGCUCAGCACCUUCGCGGCGGGCGAAGUUCGUGUCAAGAGCAAGGUCAACCUCGACGAAUCAUGAUUGACACCGACCCAGGCGUUGAUGAUGCGCUGGCCAUUUUGUUGGCGUUGGCAUCUCCGGACUCGUUGUGCGUGGAAGGUCUGUCCAUCGCCCUGGGAAACGGCAAGGACAUUCGGUCACUAGGUUCCAACGCCAAGCUCUUGCUGCGCCUAGCGAAUGCCUCUGUCCCAGUGAGCUUGGGGGAGGUGCCUAGCGAAGGCGACCCUUCCGAAGGCGCCGUGGUAAGCAGAAAAGGGAUGAAGCCACAACUGGUGCAUGGGGCGGACCACUUGGGCAAUGUGGGGAAGUUGUAUGGAAAGUGCGACGCUGACUAUCAGCACUUCCACCCGCUGCCUGCACCGGAAUUCAUGUACGAUCUUUGCUCCCGUUUCCCUGGCGAAAUGACCGUGGUUUGCAUCGGUUCCCUGCACAAUUUGGCCAAAUGCCUCGAGUCCCAUCCUGAUUUGCCCAAACUGGUGCGUGAGGUGGUCGUCAUGGGCGGCGCCUACGGUGAGCGCCGCGGCAACCGCACGCCCUGCGCGGAGGCGAACUUCUUCGACGGCCCAGAGGCGGCGCAGGCUGUGCUGACCGCAGACUUUCCCAAGAUCGUGCUGGCAGGCUUGGAUAUCACCCACCAGACGGACAUGCGGGUACUUCGGCAAGCUUGUGUUGAAUCGCCAGCUCCUCUAUCCCAAUUUGUCUGGGACUUGUGCGAAAACUUCAUGAAUGUCUACCAUGAUUGGGGGGAGACUUUGGCUCCAGCGCAUGACACUGUGCCUAUCAUGUACCUCCUGCGGCCCGAUCUCUUUGAGGGGCAGGAGGUUCGAGUAGAGGUGGAGACCCAGGGGUGUCUCACUCGUGGGAUGUCCAUCGCAGACUGGAAGGGCCAGUGGGGCAAAGCUGCCAAUUGCGUGGUGCUUCGACGGAUCCUGGACCCAGAUGCCUACACGCAAAGCUUCGUGGAUGCCAUCGGGCGCCUUCCACGCAGAGUUUGUGGUUCGCUUCAACGAUGCUGUGAACCAGCUACAAGCUUCCAAAGGGAGUCAAGAGGAUCCGCGAAAGCUCUGCAGAACCCUGAGGAGAGCUGCGGAGCUCCCGCUCCAAAACCACCAGUGGAUGGCUUCGCACGAGGUCUUGUAGAGUCCCAGAAACGAUUUCAGCGGCUGCUGCGGCGCUUGCCGGCCGAGGUGAAUUGGAGUGACGAACAGUUUCACUCCGCCUUGCGGGAACUGCAGAAGGAGGAGGAGCAGCUGCUUCCAGAGGUGCAACGCCUGACCAAAGACGUCCAGGCCUUGCAGCGCGAAGCAGAGACUCAGCUCUGUGAGCUGACGGGAGAGCUCUUGGGUGCCGGCUUCGCAGAGCCGGAGACUGCAAGGCCCGUGGCUGCAGACCCACCCAAAAGCAGUGGAUCCUGUGUGAGACUGCAAGACUUGGCGCAAGACAGGUCGCGUCGCUUCGCAGAGGAAUUGGAGUUUGUGCAAUGCUUGGCGAACCCCAGCUACGUGCAGUGGUUGGCCACUGAGGGCUUUUUUCGCGAGCCCGGCUUUCAGCGAUUUCUGGAGUACCUGACCUACUGGCGACGUCCUCAAUACGUUCGCUAUAUCGUGUAUCCCCAAUGUCUGGCGGUCUUGGACCUCCUCCUACGACCUGCCGUGCGGCUGCGCUUACAGCGUGCCGACGUCAUCAGCAUCUUAGCGGAGCAGCUGCAGCAUGCCUGGGGACAGGCAGAUGAG